AUGUCUACCGCCAACGCCUUCCGCACCUCCCUCUUUCGCAUCCCUCGCACGCCCUCUUUCACCUCUCCCUUUCGCGCCAUAACCGCAUCCGCACUCAAACAGCGUCCCAUAGCUCAACCACAACACCGCACGAUGUCUUCUACCAAUUUCCUCGAGGAUCUCAAGAAACGUCGCACGAUUUACGCCAUCUCGCCCAAGUCCCCGAUACCCGACGCCCGCAUCCACGAGAUCGUACAACAGGUUGUACUCCACGUCCCAUCGUCGUUCAACUCGCAGAGCAGUCGUGCCGUCGUUCUCCUCAAGGGCGAGCACGACAAGCUCUGGGACAUUGUCGCCGAGGUCCUCAAGCCUGUCGUCCCUGAGGGAGGGUGGCCCACGACCGAAAAGAAGAUUGCGGGCUUCAAAGCCGGCUACGGCACUGUCCUCUUCUUCGAGGACAGCGAGCCCGUGCGCAAGCUCCAGGAGGCAUUCCCGCUUUAUCAGGCGGCGUUCCCCGGGUGGUCACAGCAUACCGCAGGUAUGAUUCAAUUUGCGACAUGGACUGCGCUCGAGCUUGAGGGCUUUGGCGCGUCACUCCAGCAUUACAACCCUCUCAUCGACGAGAAGGUUCGGGCGACAUGGAACAUCCCUGCCACCUGGAAUCUCAUUGCAGAGAUGCCCUUCGGCACACCCACCGCCGCCCCUGCUGAGAAGGCUUUCUCGCCCAUUGAGGAGCGUGUCAAGAUCUACGGGCUGUAG